GGCGCUGCAGUGUGUUUAGAUCAGUUUCCUCUACAGAGAAGAAGAGCUGAGAGAACAGAGGACGCUGAAUAAAAGUGAGGCCUGGUCACUCCUGACCUGCUGAUGUUGUCCAGCGUUCGCUCCGCCUCUCUCACCUUCGCCUUAUCGAGACAGUUAUCUCGUUUUGGGCCGAGCAUGGAGCCCGGUGGCACUCGGCCCGUGGAGUCGGCCAUUCGGACCAAGCUGACUCAGGCUCUCCAGCCGAAGCACCUGGAGGUGCUGAACGAGAGCCACAUGCACGCCGUCCCCCCGGGCUCAGAGUCCCACUUCAGGGUUCUGGUGGUCAGCCCGUGCUUUGAUGGCCUUUCUCUGCUGCAGCGCCACCGCCUGGUGAACGAGGCCCUGAAGGAGGAGCUGAGCUCCUGCGUCCACGCUCUCGCCAUCCAGGCCAAGACUCCUCAGCAGUGGAGCAGCGACCCCAAACUGGCAAAGAGCCCACCCUGCCUCGGAGGCUCCAAACACGACAACACCAUGGCAGAGAAGCUGAAGGCUGGACAGAGCUGACCCCAGGGACGUUUCCUCCACAGAGUGGAGAGUUUAACUCCUCAGUUUCCUGAAAGACCUGAACGUGGGCUCACACUUCAGAUCUUCACUCUUAUUAUAGUCAAAGCUAGGAUCUCCAAAAUGUGAACUAUACUGGAAUUCAUUGGAUUUUCUUUACAUUGUAAAAGCAUUUAGAUCAGUUCAUUCAUCCUAAAAUCUUCACACAAAAUAUAGAACAACUGCUAGACCCAAAGUAAAAAUGUAUAUAUGAGUUUUUUGCAUCUCAAUCUUUAAUUUUCUGCAGAAUAAUACACAAUGUACAAGGGUCAAUAAAGAAUAACACAACAUCAUAUAAUAUAUAAUAACAAAUUCAUGUUUUGACUGGACUUUAUUGAUAUAAACUGAGUACUGCACUGAGGUCAUAUUGACUCUUAUUACAUUUCUGAUGCACUUAUAAUUAGUAUUAAAACACACUGAUCAUACCAUACACAUUUUCUCUUGUAUUUGUUUUUACCCUAAAGGUCCAUUUAGGGUGUUUGUGUGGCACUGUACAACAAAAGCAAUUGUAAUUAAUUACAAAUGACCUCCCAAAUGACCUUCAAAUCUUCCUUCUUAUUAUAGAAACAUAACUUGCAGAAAAAAGCUAGGAUCUCCAUAAUGUAAACUUCACUGGAAUUCAUUAGAUUUUUCAUUAGAUCUUUACAUUGGAAAAGCAUUGAGAUCAGUUCAUUCAUCAUAAAAUCUUCACCUAACAUAUAGAAAAACUGCUAGACCCAAAGUUGACAUUUUUUUUGCAAGGUUUUUGCAUUGUAGUCAUACUUUUUUGCAAAACAAUACACAAAUUCAUGUUUUGACUAGACUUGACUGAUAGAAACUGAAUACUGUAUUGCAGUCAUAUUGACUUCAUAGUAUUAAAUCACACUGAUCAUACCAUA